AUGUCAUCCUCUGUUCACUUCAAGUUCAAGUCUCAGAAAGAACCCUCCAGGGUAACCUUUGAUGGCACCGGUAUCUCUGUCUUUGAAUUGAAACGCGAGAUCAUCAAUCAGAGUAGGCUCGGCGAUGGAACUGACUUCGAGUUGUCGAUAUAUAACGAGGAUACUGGGGAAGAAUACGAUGAUGAUACUACCAUCAUACCCCGUUCCACUGCUGUCAUCGCCCGAAGGUUGCCUGCCUCCCGACCUGGGAAAGGUGGUGCUGCCCGCUAUGUGUCGGGGAAAAUGCCCGUGAAUGCUAGGAACGCCCCUCGUCAUGACCAGCCUUCGUCGACCCGAACAGCCUCUGGUCCUAGCAAUACAGUCAGCAAUGGUGUUCAGGAACUCAAUAAUGCUCAAACCGAGGAGGAGAAGAUCAAUGCGCUAUUCAACCUGCAAGCUAACCAGUGGAGGGAGCAGCAACAGGAGAUGGCGAAUGUCACGCCUGUCCCUUUUGGUCGGGGCAGAGGUAAACCAAUCAAUGUCCCUGAUCAUCCACCGCCACCCGGCUAUCUUUGCUACCGAUGUCGAGAAAAAGGACACUGGAUCCAAGCGUGUCCAACAAAUAAUGACCCGAAAUUUGAUGGGAAGUACAGGGUCAAGAGAUCCACUGGUAUCCCUCGCUCUCUCCAGACCAAGGUCGAGAAGCCGGAGACAAUCGCCAUGGAUGGGUCUAGUGAAGACAUGAGAAAUACUGGUGUGAUGGUCAACGCUGACGGAGACUUUGUCAUCGCAAAGCCAGACAAGGCAGCGUGGGAGCUCUACCAAGAGAAGGCCAAAGCGUCCGCCGCCGCCGCCGCCGAGGCAGCAGCAGCAGAAUACAGCAAAGAGCUGCAAGCUCGAGGGUUGGAAUGCCCCAUUGACAAACGGAUGCUCUUAGAGCCCACGAAAACUCCAUGCUGCCAAAGAACCUACUGCAAUGAUUGCAUUACGAAUGCCUUAAUAGAGAGCGAUUUCGUCUGUCCUGGAUGUUCCACGGAGGGAGUCUUACUCGAUAAUCUCUCCGCGGACGACCAGGCCGUUGCCAAGAUAAAGGCCUAUGAGACCGAAAAGGCAGAGUCCAAAAAGGAAAAGGAAAAGCAAAUUUCUCACGAGGGCCUACCAACAAAUAUGAGUUCUGCUCCAGGCGAUGCCGCAGUCACGAUACCUGCCCCGACUCUACCUAGCCAAGGGGCACAGGUAGACUCGAAAAAGAGACAUGCCGAAGCUGAGCAUUCCGGUACGGCUGCCGAAGAACCCAAUGCGAACACUUCGUCAAAGAAACUCAAAACCGACAACAUUCAAGCGACCGGCGAGAUGCGCACUUCGCAGAACCAAAAUCUCAAUGGUUCUUCUUCGGCUCUACCUUUCGGCCAGCAGAUGUCUUUCCCCGGCCUCGGUUUCAUGCAGGCUCCCGGUAUUCCCGCGAUGUCGUUUCCUGACCCUGGGUACGUUGAGGAUGGAAUGGGGUUUAUAAACAACCCAAUGGGUUUAAAUCCGACCGCCAACUUCCCGAAUGCCAUGGAUCAAGCCUGGAACCCCAUGAACACACUAGGCUUCAAUUCCCUUCAAGGUGGGCCUUACGGUGACGCUGUAAGUGGCGCAAUGCACGGUGGAUACGGUGCGGCUGGUAUGUAUAAUGAUGUUGGAGAUACGCCUAGUAAUAUGUUCCCCAUGUCUACAAUGAUGGCACAUAACCCUGGGUUUUCCCAGGGACCGGGCAUGGGUCAUUUCUCGAACCAGCAGCGAACCACGUUCAGCACCCCGUAUGCGAGGGAAGAGGAUACGGCUUACUUUCGCCAACCUGUCAAUCCUCAGAGACACCAGGCAAGACACCGGAGGAUAAGACCCAGUGAUUAUCGAGAGCUUUGA